UCCCGGAAUUUCCGGUAGACACGACUACAUCAGUAAAGAAUAUUUGUAUACAUUGUUAUUGUUGUGUAGACGACAGGAGUGUAGAUCUAGUUAACUUAGGUCUAGAAAAAAUCUAGACACUUAAUAAUAAUUUAGGUUAGGGCAUGGAUUACUUUAGAAAAGUCCUUGGAGCACCCCAAGAUGUGCAGACUAACAGCGGAGCAGACACAGUUGAAAGAUUGUGUGAAAGGGUAUCUUCAUCCACAUUAUUAGAUGACCGUAGAGAUGCUGUCAGGGCUCUUAAAGCUUUAUCAAAAAAAUUUCGACUAGAGGUUGGCACGCAAGCAAUGGAUAUUUUAUUGAAUGUAUUAGAGCAUGACAGAACUGAUGCAGAAAUAAUUGGUUAUGCUCUAGAUACAUUUUACCAUAUCAUGUCGAAUGAACCAACUGAUGAAGAUGAUGUCAGCAAUGUUUCUGGACAUGACCUUGGUGGGCAGUUUACAGAAAUAUUUAUCAAACAUGCUGAAAAUGUGUCCUUGUUGCUGUCCUUUCUAGAAGAAUAUGAUUUUCAUGUGAGGUGGCCUACUGUAAAGCUUCUGACAGUGCUAUUGACAAACAGACAAAAAGAGCUUCAAGAAAUUAUACUCGUUGUUCCAAUGGGUGUUUCAAGACUCAUGGAUUUAUUAUCAGACAGUCGAGAAAUUAUUCGAAAUGAUGCUUUGUUAUUAUUAAAUCAACUUACAAAGGGUCAUGCAAACAUACAAAAGAUUGUUGCCUUUGAAAAUGCAUUUGAGAGAAUUAUAGACAUUAUUCGGGAUGAAGGUGCCACAGAUGGAGGUAUAGUAGUCGAGGACUGCUUGCUUUUGUUACAAAACCUCCUUAGAAAUAAUGCCUCAAAUCAGAAUUUUUUCAAAGAAGGAAGUUACAUACAAAAAUUGAAGCCUUUCUUCCAAAUUCAUGAUGAGCCUCAUUCAAAGCAGAUUGGUUGGUCUGCUCAAAAAGUCACCAAUAUGCACCUUUUACUUCAGCUUGUGCGUACACUUGUGUCACCCAAUAAUCCACAAAAUCAAACAGUUGCCUGUCAAAAAGUCAUGAAUCAGUGUGGAUUGUUGCAAGACCUUUGUUCUAUAUUGAUGGCAAGUGGCGUUCCAGCUGAUGUUCUCACAGAAACAAUAAACACAGUGUCAGAAGUUAUCAGAGGAAGUCAAAUGAAUCAAGAAUAUUUUGCAUCAGUUUUAGCACCUUCAACCCCACCCAGGCCAGCCAUUGUUGUGCUGUUAAUGUCAAUGGUGAAUGAAAAACAACCAUUUGUCUUGCGCUGUGCAGUUCUUUAUUGUUUCCAGUCUUUCUUAUACAAAAAUGAAGUAGGCCAGUCUCAGAUUAUUCAGACACUCUUGCCAACAGCUGCUGAUGCAAACUCCAUAACAGCUGGUCAACUUCUCUGUGGGGGUCUAUUCAGUGCAGAUCCACUGUCCAACUGGUUUGCCAGUGUUGCCCUGUUACAUGCAAUAGUUGAGAAUCCCACCCAAAAAGAGCAGUUGUUACGUGUUCAACUUGCCACUAGUCUGGGCAGCCCACCCGUAUCCCUGCUACAACAAUGUUGCAACAUGUUGUCACAGGGAGGCAAACUUCAAACUAGAAUUGGUUUAUUGAUGAUAUUGUGCGGUUGGUUAUCUGACUGUCCUAUUGCUGUUUCACACUUUUUGAACAACACAGCCAAUGUGCCCUAUUUAAUUUCUCAAGUAUCUUCAAGUGAGGGUGAUGAGCAUGAGGCAAUAGUUCAAGGGUUAUGUGCAUUUUUGUUAGGAAUCUGUAUGCUUUAUAAUGAUGACACUAGUGAAGCCUUUUCUAAAACAGCUUUGAAGCAGAUCAUGCAAAAUCGUAUUGGUCUGGAAUCUUUUACUGACAAACUUAGCCAAGUUGCACAGAAUGAAAGUUACACAAGAGCAGCCAAAAAGCCACACUUGUAUCACAAACAUCCUAGUGAGAUUGUAUUUGAUUAUGAAUUCACAAGACUUUUUAAAAGUUUAGAAAAUGAAGUGCUGAAAGCAGUAUCUGGGUCAGGCAGCAACAUGAAUGGAAGGAAAAGUGGACCAAGUACAGAGCAAUACAAGAAUUUACUUAAGGAACAGGAAGAUCAGGUUCUGCUGUUGAGGCAGAGAAUAGAGGAGCUUCAGUCUCAUGCCAUCAGUGCUGACAAAUCAAUAGUAGAACUUCAGAGGCAGGUGCAGCAACUCAAAGAUCAGAAUGCUUUGCUAAAGGCACAAAAAGGUAGCCUUUCACCUGCAUCAUCCAUCUCUUCAGAUGAAGUUGAUAGCUUGAAAAGAGAAGUAGAAAGCCUUAGAUUACAGUUGCACAAUUCACACAUUUUUUCUAAUACUGUCAGUGAUGAAAACAAAGAGAAUGAUCCAGAUGGAGCUUCAGUUCUUAAUGUAACCAUUGCCAGACUUCAAAGUGAACUUGCUCAUAAAGAUGAAGAAGUGCUAAGUUUGCGUUCAGAACUUGAUAGGGUGAAUGAGGUUUUGAAACAAAAAACAUCUGAACAAACAGCUGCCUCCUCCAGUGUCAGCAAUGCUGAAGUAGAAUUAAAACUACAGCAAACUGAAGAGAAAUUAAAGUUAAUUACUGAUGAGAGAAAUCAUUUACAAGAGAGACUGACCAAAUCCAAUGAAGAGAAUUUAAAGUUGGCUAAUACCAUAAGGAAAUUGGAAGAUGAGAAAGUGGAUGCUGUGAAUGAAAAAGAGAAUCUAAAAGAAGAGAUGGACACAUUAAAGAAAGAACAAGAUGACUUGUUAGUAUUAUUGGCUGACCAGGAUGUCAAGAUUGAUAAAUACAAGACCAAAUUAAAAGAACUUGGCCAAGAGGUGGAAGAUGAUGAUGAUGAUGAUGAUGAACUGGGUGAAGAUAAUGAGGAGGAUCUAGAUGCUGAUUGAUCCAAAUGAUGUUAAGUUUUGUGAUAGAAUUGAAAGAAUGAAGUAAAAUACAUACAGCCAAGUUCAUUUAGGAUUGAAAGAUUUAUUUUAUUUGUUUGCUGUUGGGUCCCCACUAACUAAGGGACAAAUAAAUAAAGUUAAUAGAAGCAAAAAAGAAAUUGAAAAAACUAGUUUGUAACACAAUACAUGCAUUUUGUGUAAUUCAUAUAAUGUUAGAUGGACUGAAUCCUUUUGAAAGCUACCAAAUGAUGUAGAUGAUAGAAACUGAACUUUGAAUGGUGCUGGUAAAUUUAUUCUUUUUGGUUUGUUUGCUUUGUACUUCACUUCUGUAUUGUUCAUUUUUCCUUUUGAAAUGAGCUAUUUGCUUUUAAAAAAAAAUUUUUUUUUACCAAAAAAUGCAAUUUUCUGCUGUUUUAAUUCGGGAAUUUGAAUUAUUUUUUGUUCCCCCCUCACCCCUUUCACUCUUUAAGCUCCCUGCUAGAUAAUGUCCAAGCUGCUCUUUCAAAAGUUAAGACUAUAUUUAAUUUCUUUCUCAAGACACACACAUCAGCAAGAAGACCGAGACAUAAACUAAUGUGUUCUAGAAAUGAUGUGAUGUCUUUGUUCAGAUCACUUAAUGUUCAAUUUUUAAAAAUGUACAUACUUAUUUAUAGAACUCAAGAUUCUUGUGUAUAAAACAACAUGAUAGUGUUUAAACUUAUUGACCAGCUUUUGUAAAUAAUGGAAAUAUAAUCUAUUUCUUCAUUGAAAUAAUAAUAUCAUUUAUUAUUGUUUCAUUUAGAAAUAAACAAAUAUUAUGUUAAAAAGUAA